UAGCUAUGUUCAAAACUGUAAUGUUAGGUAAAAGUCUCUUUCGCAGUGUGCUGAAGAUAGUUAAAAAUAUUAGAAUAUAUCGUGUUAAAUCCUGUGCAAUUAUUCCGCAACAUGCUGGGUAAUUUGCGCAGUUAAUCCAUGUGUUAAUUGUGAAAGAAGAGUGACAUUUAAACAGACGCAAAAAUUUUCACGGUUGCUUAAAUGGCGGACAAUGUGCGUUGGCUUCAUUUCAUCGCACUCGCACACAUACAAUCGAACUUGGUGGUGCUGUCCAGUGCGUUUGCCGUCCAACACUAGAAGCCAAGAAUGUGUUUUGAAUACAUGUACUUAAUGUAUUUAAUCGGAACCGUUAUUCUGAACUAAACAAGCUCUUUUGGCGGGUUUUUUUCAACUCCAAAUUUGCGCAAUACAAAGAAAGUGAACACCCAACGACAAACUUUUGACGAUCUGAUCGAUUUUUCCCCCACAUACGCUGUUGAGUAAAUGUGUGUUUGAAUGUGCCCCGUAAAUACAUAGCUAGCUGAGUGCGAAUCUAAUGUGCAGCCUCGCAGCAUUAACUUGGAACAAUAUCUGAGGAGAGUACCCCCACGCACCCCUGCACACAGCCAGAUAAAUACGCAAGGCGAAAACAAACAAGAUGAGCGGUCGCGGCAGCCGUAAACGUGGACGUCCGCCAAAGACGCCCAACGAACGCGCAUCAGGACGCUUCAAUUACCAGCUUCUCAAGAAGCCGAAGUAUCUCAGCGAGGGAAAGUCGCAGCCCAGCACUCCGUCGGCAUCCAGGGGCAUUUCUCCACAGAGCGACGAGGGCAGCAGGAGCAGCCACAACAACCACACCAAUCGCAGUCGCGGGAGCGCCGCUAAGAGGGGACGAGGCCGCAAAUCCGCCGUGCAACCGAACACCAGUAGCUACUCUGGAAGGAAAGGGUACGAGUCGGAGUAUCACUACGGGUCAGAUUUUGGGGAUUCCGAAGAAGAUAAAUCCGAUAAUGAGGAUGAUAUGCUGCUUACUCCCAGCGACGACGAGAGCCUAGAAGUAGCCAACGAGAGCGAAUCAGAGUUUUCCGUGUGCAGCUUUAACCAAAAUGGAGUUGGUCGGCCGCCACGUCCUCCUAGCCCAGAACCUGUGUGGCUGCAGGAAGGUCGUCAGUAUGCAGCGCUUGAUUUGCCGGACUCGUCGGAGGAUCUUUUCAUUGCUAAUACACACGUUUUGCGCGCGCUAAGUAUCUAUGAAGUACUGCGACGAUUUCGCCACAUGGUCCGCCUUUCACCAUUCCGAUUUGAAGACUUGUGUGCAGCGCUGGCUUGUGAGGAGCAAAGUGCAUUAUUGACGGAGGUACACAUAAUGCUGCUUAAAGCGAUUCUUCGAGAAGAGGACGCGCAGGGUACACAUUUUGGCCCGCUGGAUCAAAAAGAUACGGUUAAUAUAAGUCUUUACCUGAUUGACUCUAUAACGUGGCCGGAAGUUUUGCGAAGCUAUGUAGAAAGCGAUAAGACAUUUGAUCGCAACGUGUUUCACAUUUUAAGCCACACUGAAUACCCUUACACGGGCAUUGACAACCGGCUUGAAGUGCUCCAGUUUCUGUCAGAUCAAUUUUUAACUUCCAAUUCUAUACGAGAUGUAAUGCUGCAGGAGGGACCUAUUCAUUAUGAUGACCAUUGCCGAGUGUGCCAUCGGCUCGGUGAUUUAUUAUGUUGCGAGACGUGCCCUGCUGUCUAUCAUUUGGAAUGUGUAGACCCGCCAAUGAAUGACGUACCUACUGAGGAUUGGCAGUGCGGGCUUUGCCGCUCGCAUAAGGUAAGUGGCGUAGUGGACUGCGUGUUGCCACAAGAAAAACAAGGCGUGCUAAUCCGGCAUGAUAGCCUCGGUGUUGAUCGUCAUGGGCGCAAAUAUUGGUUUAUUGCACGUCGCAUUUUUAUCGAGGAUCAGGAGAACUUUACAUGCUGGUAUUACAGUACGACAAGUAAGUUAAAAUUGCUGCUCAGUCGACUGGACGCCGAAGAACUGGAAACUCGUCUGCAUAGCCAGAUUACAGAAAGGAGAGACGAAAUCGAGCGCCAAAUGAAACUGACUGAGACCUUAACCAAUGAACACAAACACACGAAGCGUAGUGUUAUCGAAAUCGAACAAGAGGCUAAAAAUGAACUUUUGGAGAAAGAGGUGCUUGACGAGGAUGAAAAAGAUGGUGAUGCUAAAUCUGAGAGUCAAUCUAUAGAGGGAACAAAAAAACAAGAAGAAUGUAAAAUGGUCACGCGUCAAAAAUCCAAUCAGCUGACUAAUGGUACUUUGCAUUUUAAACUUGGCAUGGAGCAAGGAUUUAAGAACUAUGUCAACCAGUAUUCAACAAAUCCAAUUGCACUCAACAAGCCGCAACGAAACGAGGAGCGAGAUAAGCGACGCCAUCUGUCCCAUAAGUUCUCGUUAACGACGGCUUCUGACUUUAAAUGGAUCGGUAUAACCAUGGGAACUACUGACAAUAUGAUAACAACUCUAAGGCAAACAUUGAUAAACUUCGAAUCCAAUAUAGCAGCUUCCUUUUUAAAUAUUAACUGGGUAGUUAACAAAAAAAUUUGGAAUGCUGCGGUGAUGAACGCCCGUCGACCUUCUGAAUUUGCGGUAGUAUUGUUACUUUUUCAAGCGUCCCUUAAGAGCGUUGUUUUUGCCAACGUCUGGCAUGAGCAACUCGGACACACAACUUUGCAACGCAUAACUAGUGCCGAACGAGAGGAGCGAAAAAAACUAGAAAAGCGAGAGAAGCGCGAGCGGGAUGAUGAGGAAGAACGUAAUCGCUUAGCAUUUAACUACAUAAAGUAUACCCUGGGUCUCAAACAUCAAGUCUGGAAGCAAAAAGGAGAAGAAUACCGGGUCCACGGGCAAUGGGGCUGGCUUUGGCUCUCAAGCAGUCGACGCUGUGGUGUUCGUGCACGUCGAGCCCAACCUCUAACACACAAUAGAGUCUACGUACAUUACACCAUGGGAGAGGAAAACGACGUAAAUGAAAUUAUUUUAGUCGACCCACGCACCCAACGGUUUAUGCAACAAUGUGAGUCAAGCAAUGUCGAUGGUCAGGUGUGUCAUUAUUUACCGGACCAAUAUAAAAAUGUGAAAGUUAUAGAAGAUGUUACGGAGAAAAUCAAAGGGCACAUCGACGUCAGCAAAGCGCUAAAUGCUCCAGGCCGUACUUAUUAUUCAAAAGUGGCUCGCAAAUCUAGAUUAGAUGACUUAUUGGAUCGCCGUUUAAAGUUGGCCGAGGUCGAGGAGCAGAUGGCUUCUAAAAUUCCUUCUGAUAUGAAGCCGCUUCUUGUUUCUUCCCAAAAUAAUACAGCCAACAGCAAACAAACGUUUCUAGAGAAGCGUUUACUUCGCCUUACUGAAGUCCAAGCAAAGGGGGGUCCUGCAAACGUAAACUUGGAACUUGUUAAUUCGCUGGCUAAACAAAUUCAAACCGUGCGCUUACAAUUUAGUCAGCUUAAUCGAUUUGCUAAAGUUUUUCGUUGUUAUACAAAGGAGUGUAACACCAAUUCAAAUGCUGUCUCUCAAAUAACCCAAAAUACUUGCUACUCUCCCUUAUGUCUUCAAAAAGCUCGGGCCAAAAAAGAACUUCUUUUGUUGUUACGAAAGGCGCAUACUGCCGGUAAUGGCUCAAAAGAGACAGUUGCCGCUAUUUUGGGCGCUGUUAAAAAGCCAUCUAUUCUCGAGCAGAAGCUGACGGAGGGUAAAAGAGAAUCCACUCAGGUGGCCGUGGAUGAUUCUGAAGAGGGGAAGCCAGCUGAAUCCGAAGCGCCGUUGGAUUUACUUCAAGAUUGGGAACAUGCACGAGCGCACGCCGUUCCUUUUAGCGAUUCUUUAUUGACCGAAUGCAUCCUGGUUGACCAGGAGUGCGUAACCAACACGAAAAUUAAACAAGAGGUGAAUGCCAGUUCCGGAUGCAAUACAACUCCUGACUCGAACACACAAGACUCCGAUAAAAUAGACUAUAUUGAGAGUAUGGACGUUUGUAGUAAUGUUGAAAUUGAGAGUACCGAAGAUUCCAUUGUUACGGGCUUAAACUCUGGUAACGCUGAAGAUGUCGAUAUGACACCUGGAUGGCGGCGAAAGCGUAACCAGAAAUCGAAAAAAAGCUACAUCGGCACUAAAGAUGUGUUGGAUCAGACGUUAGACAAGGAUAUACCACUUAACAAACAGAACCGCAGAUUUCCUAUUACUGCACGUCCGGUUAAGCGCGAAUGUGUCAAAAAAUACGAACGAGAGACAUUUGAGAAUGGAAACGAGCGGGUCUAUUCGACUAGUUCACCUCGGGGUCGUGUAUACCUCCUUAAUGAUGCGGCCAAGUUGUAUGAGCAAGCUGUCAAAACUGAGGAUAAGUCAACGAUAACUAAAAAGCCAUCAUACUCUCGGUAUCCACUUAUAUCCAAUUUUCUUACUCAUAAAAAAAAGCGUAGCCUUUUAGUGCUACCACGAUUUGAGCUCCUGAAGCUGGCUCGUCUGGGUGGAAAAUCAUCGACAAAUGGUUUUCAUCACGCUGCGAAAAAUAACACAAUUUGGCAGUAUCAGUGCUCGCGUCCCCUCUUCCGAACCUGCUGGUCCUACAGAACAUCUAAUGCCACGUCCUUAUCCAGCCUAGCACUUCAGCUUCGAAUAUUGUGGUCGUGUCUCCGCUGGGAUGACAUGAUAGCAAAGCCCCCAUCCACGGAUGGGAAGCAUCAGGUUACUACGGAUACUGAAAUUGUAACAUUGGAAUUGCUCAAACUUCGGCACUCAGGACGCUAUGGUGAAAAAACAAGCUAUUUGCGACGAAAAGUUGUUAUUCCACUUGAAAUGCCGAAGACUGUAAGAGAAGUAACAUCCAUACGGUCCGGACUGCGAAAACGAAAGCGUGCUGAAUCUCCUCAGCCAACCGAGCCACAAAUUACCGAGGAAUGGGUCGACGAAGAUAAAUUGGAGUUAUGGGAAAUUAAAUUUAUGGGAGAAAAACAAGAAAAGGCACGCCUAUCAGCUGUUACGCGAUCUGUAGCAUCCCGUCAAUUGGAGGCAAGUGGUAGUAAUGGUUCCAACACUUCAACUAAUGGAGCUCUUGGCGUCGCCGGACGCGUCCAACUGGCACCCAAGUUGAGUGAAGAUGUUAAAGAAAAAAUGGAACAACAAUUAAAAUUACAGCGCGCUGUUCAUCAGCAGAGAAAAUUGGUUGCAACUGGCGAAAUAACCCGUUCUGUGACACCAGUUAAAGGCCAAGUUAUCGGUAGCAGGCGUGUCAUUGUUAAAAACCCUGAUGGCACAACUCGAAUUAUUCAGCAGGCAGUAACACAGGUUUCAAGAACAGGAGGAGCUAAUACUGCAGCAGCAGCUGCUUCACCUACUGUAGGAGGCUCGACAAGCACUCAAUCAAAUCCAUCCACAUCUACACCGCAUAAAGUACAAAUUAUAAGGGGCCCAGAUGGCAAAGUAAGCGUACGCGGGUUGAAUCCUGGGCAGCAGCUGGUUCAAAUGCCGGAUGGAAAACUCCAUGUGCUGACUACCACAACAUCUUCAAAUUCGGCGGGGCAAGGAAACAAAAUGAAGGUUCCCAUUAAGCCAGCUUCUACUUCGUCGUCACCGGCAAUCAGUUCAGCACAGACUACUACAAAUCCAGUGACGCCAGUGAUAAAGCAAAUUGCAGUUAAACAUGUCACGAAAAAUUCUGCGACCCAAUCCAUAGCAUCAUCCUCGCGCGUAGCCUUACCGCUUGCUCAAAUUAAGAAUAAGUUGUUACUGGCCCAACAGCAGCAGCAAUCAACAUCUUCAUCACCAGCAACUUCAUCAUCCCCUGUGCAAAAGAUAGUGUCGAAAGUGGUUAACACUAGUACCUCUGGGCAAACUCUACAGCAAGUAUUCGUACAGUCUGGGUCAAAACUGGUAGUGGGCCAAAAUGCACAAGGGCAAAAGGUUAUUAUAUCUACAUCGGCGGCACAACAGCAAGGAACAUCACCGGUUCAACAGCAGCAACUAGUACAAUCGCAACCAAUUCAGCAGUCACCACAACAGAUCUCCAUGACACAGGUCGGUAAUCAACCAACGCAAAAAGUAAUUCAGCAAAUUGUUAAUACCAGCAACGUGCAGCAGCAGAUAGUAGUUGGCGGUCAACGGAUUAUCUUAAGCCCCGGUCAAACUAUUGUUACUCAGAGGAAUGUGCCGCAGAGUCAAGCAUUGCAGAUGGUUCAGCAGCAGAUUCAAACCCAGCAGCAGCAGCAACAACAUCAUGUCGUCCAGCCUCAGCAACAAUUCGUUGUUCAAUCAAACCAAAUUGUACAAUCUUCGCCAAGUGCACAAACCAAACUGGUUAAACAGCUUGUGGUUCAACAACAAUCGCAGCAAACCAUUGAAGAAAAAACGCAAAUCACCACGACUGAUAGCAAUGAAACUGGCACACAACAAGUCUUGGUUCCAAAUUCAACUUUAGCCCAGCAGUUAGCACAGGGCAAAUUGCAGGUGGCAACAGUGAAUGGGCAACAAGUAAUCGUAAAACCGUUGGGAAAUAAUCAGGCUCAAAUCGUGGCACAUAUUAAACACCAAGGUGAUGGGAACGCUCACAUCGUUACAAGUAAUUCAGCUACUGCAGUACCUCAAGCUAACCCGCAGACCUCACCAGUCAAGCAACAGGCUCUCCCACCACAAAGUCCACAACAAGUCGUUGUGCAGCAGCAGCAAAUACAUCAACAGUCACCCACAAACUUCGAAAGUGGCGUUACCCCAAUAACUCAGCAGCCGGUUCUCACCCAGGCUGUCCAGGCUCCAGCCCAACAGCAAGCCUUGAGUGUUGAGGAAAGUCUUCUGCAGAAUCAGCCGCCUGGAACAGUAAUUAAAUGUGUCACCGCUCAAGUAUUGCAAACCGAGCAUGGUCCACGUAUAGUAUUGCAAGGCCUGGUGGGCAACGAUUUCACUGCACAACAACUGCAAUUGGUGCAAACGCAGGUGAAGCAGCAACUAAUGAAGGCUCAAGAGUCAAAUGGCAAACUUGGUGUUCUAGGCCCAACAAAAAUAUACUUGGCGGUACAGCCGGAAAAUGCAGUUCAAUCACAGCCACCUCCUCUAACCCCUGUUCACCAAUCGGCUGCGCAUCAGCAAGUUGGUGGCGGCGUAUCAAUAGCUUAUACUCGUAUGAUGAAUUCGAAUUAUUUUGUGCAAGAAAUUGAAGAAGAAGAAGAUUAUGAUGAUGAGAUUAUUGUCGUCUGCAGUCCGCCGAAUCAAAUUGUACCUUCACCUCCCCGUGAAGUAUUCGAAGGUAGAAUUUUAAGAAGUGAAUUGCCGUGCCGCACCAACAAUAAUUUUGAAGAUCAAGACAAUAUUGAGCAGCAUCGCCUAAAAUAUGAAAGUGAAGACCUUAAACGAUGUUCAUUGCAGACCAACAACAUCGAAAUCGACGCCGAUACGCUAGCAACAACUUACGAAGCCAAUUCAACUAUUAAAGAUAUUGCUAUUAAUAAUGGCGAUGAUCAGGAAAACAGUAAAUGUGCAGAAACAGAAAAUUCUAAUAUUACAACUAAUGAGUCCUUUGCCGGUACAUCUUCCCUAUUAGAGGGUUCAGAACAUGAUGAACCAACUAACCUUGCCGGCCUCGAUAUAUCAGAAACAGACUUAGAAAAUAAACAAAACGAAAGCUUCGUUGUUACCAGAGGAUACAUACAGAAGUCUAUUUCAAAUGCUCUGAAACAAGGUAAUUUAAGUCCGGAACUUGAAGAAAAACUUGUUUGUAUGCAGAAGCAACAAGAAAAUGCGAAUUCGACGAAUGAGUGGGAAACAUGCUCAAGGGGCAGUGUGAAUGAGGAAGCACUAACUCCCAGUCGCCAAACUGAUGACACUGAAUGGAAAAUUCGUACUUCCUUAAGACGCCCAAAUGCUAUGACAACAAGCAGCCAAUUUAAUCGAAUUUUAAAAAAAAAUCGGAGCAAGAAUGACGAAGUCGCUGAACUUGGAGAGCAAAAGCAAUCGCAAUUGGAACGUCAUAAAGAAUUGCUUAAAAAAAAUAUUUUGCGCAAGCGUUCCUUAUUAGAGCGUAAUUUACAAAGCGAAAUACACGAAGAUGUAAAAACUAAAGUCCAAAGACAUGUACGCCCCUUAAGUAACGCUUCACCGGAUGAACAAAGCGAAAAUGAGAGAAGUGGCGAACCAAAUUUAGAUUUUAAACGGACAGAGGUGCAGAACCCCAGACAUGGCGCAGGCCGACCAAAAAAGUUGACAAGAAAAAAGGAAAAGUUGUAUUGCAUUUGCCGUACUCCAUAUGAUGACACAAAGUUUUACGUGGGGUGCGACUUGUGCAGCAAUUGGUUCCAUGGGGAUUGUGUCAGUAUUACCGAGGAAGCUUCUAAAAAACUAUCGGAGUUCAUUUGCAUUGAUUGCAAGAGGGCGAGAGAAACGCAACAGCUUUACUGUAGCUGUCGUCAACCAUACGACGAGUCACAAUUUUAUAUAUGCUGUGAUAAAUGCCAGGAUUGGUUUCAUGGCCGUUGCGUUGGAAUACUUCAGAGCGAAGCAGAGUUUAUUGAUGAAUAUGUUUGCCCUGAAUGCCAACGCAAAAACGAUGCUAACGCUGCAAAUAUGAAGAAACUGACUUCAAAUGACGUUGAAGAGCUGAAAAACUUAAUUAAGCAGAUGCAGUUACACAAAAGUGCUUGGCCAUUUAUGGAACCGGUUGAUCCGAAGGAAGCACCCGAUUAUUACAAAGUGAUUAAAGAGCCAAUGGAUCUCAAACGGAUGGAAAUUAAACUCGAAUCAAACACCUAUACCAAACUAUCUGAGUUUAUAGGCGAUAUGACAAAAAUUUUUGACAACUGCCGUUACUAUAACCCAAAAGAAUCAUCCUUUUAUAAGUGUGCUGAAGCACUAGAGUCAUACUUUGUGCAAAAAAUUAAAAAUUUUCGCGAAAAUGUUUUUGACCAAAGAACAUAAGAAAUAAUAGCCCUUGAAAACUUUAGAACAAAUGAUUAUAGUUUAUAAAGACACUUCUAACAAUUUGAAAAACGUCCUUCAGUUAUGUAUUCUUAUUUUGAAUCAAAUGUUAUAUAAACAUAUAUUAUCAAUAAAAACACAUAUAAUUAAUUAUAAUAAAUUAUGUACAUAUUGACCAUAUUUAGUAACGUACACCAGUAUGCAAUAAAUUUCAUAUUCACCAGACAUUUGUAAGAUUAAAAAUAAUUAAGUAAAACCCCCUUUGUACAAAACAUUAAAGUGUAAAUAAACAGCAUGCAUUUCAUUUGAUAUCCUUAUCAUAUGCUGUAGGUUUAAACUUAGGCGUAUGUAACUUGUAAAAAUACAAGCUUAU